AAAUUGAGAGUGGGCGGGCGCUUUGCUGUUGUGGUUGACGGUUCACUUCCUGCUUUAUAACGUAAAAUCAAUAAACUUCUGCGUGGAAUAGUUAAAUAAGAGAAGAGAAGAAACCGAGGAUCUGGUCCGGGGAGGCAUUCUGGUCAGUGGUCAUUCUACAAAAGAAGAAACAUGUAAGUGAUGGUAGACGUCCUGCUGGAUGAAGUUUCCAAGAAACACAGAUACAGGAGUAGAGAAUAUAGAUGUCUCAACCAUCAAAAGAAGAGAAAGCAGCUGUAAACAAUUAGUUAGAUUUCCACCCUGGAUGCAAUCCUCUCUGCAACAGGCGGACUAAACAUGGUGCAUGUCUACAACUGCCAUCCUUUCUCCUCACAGCAGAUAGUACAGGUGGAGCAGGAGCCUGGACUGGUCUGCUGUGGAGGUGGAGCCCUGUUCGUGGUGGCUACUGGAGGAUGCAAGGUGGAUGCCUACAGUGUGGAGAAGGAGGGAUGCCCUCUCAUCUGUCGCUUUGCCACCAUGGGCACUGUGAAGAGCAUCCAGCACAGCAAGAUAGGAGAUUACCUGGUGACCAUUGAGGAAAAGAACAGCGCCAUCUACCUGAGAGCCUACACCAACUGGCGCUACCAGGCGGAGGAGAAGGCCCGUGUCGGGGUGCGUUUGUUGGGCCACCUGCUGCGUGGGGCGUCUAUGCGGGGUGGAGUGCAGAUGGAGAUCAUUGAGAUGCCUCUCUCAGAGCGACCUGUUGCAGUUUCAUGUUGCUCUGUAACAGGAGACCUUCUGGUCGGCUGCGAGAACACUCUGAUUCUGUUUACUUUGAGGAGACAGAACCAGCAAAGCCUGAAUCAGCAGAACCUUCCGAGCAUGGGGCCGAACACUCAGCAGACCUCCAGUCAGAGUCAAGGUCAGACCUCAAUUUCGAACCAGAAUCUUUCUAUCCUGGAUUUUGAACGCUCAGUUAUCCUGCAUCUUCCAAAAAUCAAACCGAAACAGGUGGCGCUGUGUGGAGGAUAUGUGGCAGUGCGGGGAGAGCUGGAGGUGCUCGUACUGAAACUGGAUGCAUCAUCUGAACCUAAAACUCUGGAAGAAUCAUCGGACACAAAUAAUGAAGAUCAUCUAGAAGGUCAGUCUGACUUUCUGUUCCUCCCGAGACACCAAGAGUUGCUCGGUGAUCGAGCUAAAGACUGUGACAUCCCUGUCAGCAUUGAAAAGACCGGACUGGAGGACAGAGGACAGUACACACUGUCAUACGUUCUCUUCAGGCGUUUUACUCCAGAUUUCUCCCAGGGCUGCAGUGUGCAGGAGACUCAACUCCACUCCCUACAGCUCUACCCUCUGUUCACUAGUAAACAGUCAGUUUCUCUGGAAGAACCAGCAUGUGUGUUCUGCUUCUUCUCUCUCCCCACUGUCGGCUACCUGUACAGUCUGAAGGGUGGUGUCGAGCUUCUCUCAGCCUACCAGUAUCCAGAGAAGGUCCUGGAGGCGGUGCUGACAGACCACCUGUUGCAUGUCAUCACAAAGAGUGCAUUGCAGUGUUUCACUGUGCGCUGUGCAGCAGUAGCAGCCAGGAUCGAAGACCCCUACAUCGAUACCACCAUGAAGGCCUGCCCGCCCUGCAGCCUGGAGGUAUGUGCGCUCAGGAUGCAGUUGUUUAUUGGUCUGCGGUCAGUGUGCGUCUACGGCCGCCAUGUUGUCCUGCUCUCCACCGCUGACACAGAGACACCAGAGGAGACCGAACGCAACACACACCGCAGAGGCCUCGAGUUGAAAGAACACACCAUGCUGACUGGUAUUUUCCUGGCGGUGGGAAUCGAUCCCGCAACCACCCCAGCUCUGGAGAGCCUUCUAUCACGCCCCUUCCUGAGCAGGAAAUGGACAAUCUCUUCUGUCAGAGAAACCAGUUCAACAGGACAUGGAUGGAACAUCUAUGUGGUCGACACCGUCUCCCCCCUCGCUCUUUACCAAGAGAUGGUUGAAUACAGCCAGCGGUAUGCAGAGACCAACCCACAAGGCCAAAGCCUUCGUCACCUCCUCAGUGAAGCUCACCUCCUCCUCCGUGCCUCCUUACUCCGAACAUCAGAGCAAGAGAACACUGAGGACGACCCUGACGUUUCUCUGCAGACAAAUGCGGACAAACCGGCUGAGAAACAGACAGCUGCACAGACAGACAGUCAAGAACUGGAGGAGGCACUCAGGCAGAACUGUGCACAGCUGGGAGAUAGUUUCAGCAGGGGCAGUCAGAAGGACUGCCACCUGGCUUUGCCGUACUACAGAAUGUCGGGUCUGUCAGUCACAGAGGUCAUGGCCAGGAACCACCCUCUUCCCAGCAGCCCUCACUCUUACGGCCCCGGCUUCCUGUUUUACCUGGUGCAUUACCUUUUAGAAGAAACGGAGCAGAGCCUCAGUCAGGAAGCAGCUGAUCAGGUCAUAGACAUUUUUAGCCAAUCAGAGCCCUCGCAGCUUGUCAGUGUGUGUGCCAGCCCGUCCAUGAUUAACCUAAGUCCUGCCCGGACGCUGCGAAUCUUACAACAUCUGGAGGACACAGCUGGUGUAUCGGUUCCACUGACAAUCACUAUGGCAACUAUGAUGCUGCUUUUGGACGACCUGCCACAGUACACACAGCUGAUGGAAAGACAUGCUGAGAUGCUGCUGGUGUACGGGUUCAUCGAGGAGUCGAAGCUGUUGCUGCAUGGUGGAGGUGGAGGCCAGCACACACACAUCCGUCCCACAGCACUGACUCGCCAGAUGGCAAAGUCCCAACCAGGACUGCUGGUCGCUGCCAUGGUGGCUUUACAUGAAAACAACAAAGUUCAGCUGGAACAGGCUGAUUACAUAUUCAAGGAACUGGGCUAUGAGAAUUGCUUACUGGUGGAUUUCUGGGAGGCGAUGCUCAUGGCCUCCUCGCAGGAAGCUGUCAUCCAGGAACUUCUGUUCCGACUGACGUCUGUCUACAUCGACCGGCUGAUGAACACAAACUCAGAUACACACCCCAACCUUCAACAUACAACUUCAAGACGCAGGUCGCUGAAGAGCGCUGAGGACCUGAUCAACUCGUGCUCCCAUUACGGUGCUCUGUACCCAUGGCUUACAGUUCUCAGUCCAGUUCACACUACCAGUUUCCAACACCAGGAGGCGCUUCAUAAACUGCAGGUAAAUGAAAUGUUGUGAAGUGUGGACAAAAUA